AUGCUCGAAGAGAAAACAACGGCAAAGAGGGAAAAUAUCGAUUUUAAGGCGGAAGAAGAUUUGCCGAGAAACGUAAACGGCGAAGCUGACGGUAGCGAAAGCUCGACGAAGUCAUUGACCAACCUGAAAAGUCUAAACCGGAAGCUCGUGAAGCUCAAUGCGAUACGAAAAACUAUCGACAAUCUCGAGCAGAGCUUGAGGCUAUCAAGAGCCCUGGAAACGGAACAAUUGUCGCGUUACUCGAUGCUGAAAAUUCGAAACUGGAGUCUCUCCGACGAGCUCAGAGAGGCCGACAAACGUAACAAAACCAUGCUGAAUUUGUUCAGAAGCACCGUCCCUGAUUUGGGUCUCGAGAGCGCAGCGGAGCUGCCCUGGAGCUUGAGAGUCGAAAUCCAACGGUCUUGGCACCGCAAGUACGACUCGAUGUUGGAGUUGAGCGAGAAAUUGAAAAGUGAAAUGUCAGUUAAAGAGGCAAAGUUGAGGGAGAAGGACGAGCAGAUCGAAGCCCUGGAGCAACGUCUCCUGAACGUCGCUGAUAGCCUCGUCCAAAGGGAAGAAGCUUUGACGAACGUUUGCACGAAAUACCUGAAGUUAAAGAAGCGAAAAGACGAACAGGAAUUUCUCCUGAGAGGCUCGAUCGAAACGCUUCAAGACGCCCUACAAAAGGCAACUUCCAAUGUUAAUCCAAUGAAAUCGUGCAUGGCUCUAAUGCCAAGCAAAGAGGCACUUCUGGCUCGGGAAAGCAGGCGCAGCGAUCGCUUGGCCCGAGAAAAUAUGCUGCUUCGAGGACUCCUCCAGGAAAGGAGAAACUCCUGCACUUGCUCCAUCCACGGUCAAGAGAGCCGCAGCUCGACUUCCCUCAAUUAG